AUGGCCCCUCAAAAAGCGUGGGAGCAGCCAGGGUGGCAGGAAUAUCUAUCUGCUCGAAACUCUGGACUGCCAUAUCUCCCACCUGUCACGGAACUCAGCACCGAGGUGGUGAGAAUACUUGGCGGGAACCCAGGCGACAUGCAACUACAAGGAACGAACACGUAUCUAGUCGGCAGCGGCCAGACAAGGAUUCUGAUAGAUACAGGACAAGGAUGUCCAAUCUGGCUCACGACUCUAGUCAACUAUCUUGACAAACACCAAUUGAGCAUCUCCCAGGUAUUGCUGACCCACUGGCAUACCGAUCAUACCGGUGGUCUCCCGGCGCUAUUGGCUCAGUAUCCACAUCUGGUGGCGGCGGUCUACAAAGCCGACCCGGAUAGGGGCCAACAAUCAAUUCGCGAUGGACAAACUUUUACUGUCCAAGGAACUACACUGCGAGCCUUAUUUACGCCCGGACAUAGCCAAGACCACAUGUGCUUUAUCUUGGAGGAAAGUGGCGCCAUGUUCACAGGUGACAAUGUGCUUGGACAUGGAGGCAGUGUUGUUGUGGAAGAUCUAGGGCCAUACAUGAACAGUUUGCAAGUCAUGACCCGAAGUGUCCGCAAUGAAGAGAUAACAGUUGGAUACCCCGGACAUGGUGCCGUUAUUGAAGAUCUGCCAGCCAAACUCAUAGUCUGGAGCAGACACUGGGAAAUACGAGAAAAGAAGGUCUUAUCGGUGUUUAUGAAGAGCAAUGCAAAGACAAGGGCACCCUUAACAACGCGGGAAAUUAUCGCAUGUCUCUAUGGGCCCGAGCUGGAGGCAAUGGCGGGACCAUUCAUAACUCAGGUUCUAUCGAAACUAGCCGGCGAGGGGAAGCUUGGACUUUCUGUCACAGGACAAGAGCCGAAUUGGUUUAUGUUGUAG